CUUUGCCCAUAAAGAGGCUAUACUGCAGUCGACCAAUCGUAUUUAGGAAGUAGUUUCUGAAGAAAAGAGGCCGGAAUUUUCUUUUGUUGUUGUAAUGCUGUCAACUUUUUAUAGAGUCAACAAAACAAAAAUGAGGAAUAGUGUAUUUUGUUUUCAUCUUACUUUUAACGAGAUAUUUAAAAACGCAUCAGAACAGGUAGACUCAUUAGCUGGCUCGGGCAGAUGGUGGAGCGCGAGAACAGGCUGGAGAUCUGUCCUACAUCUGUGAGAAACUGCUGGACGUUACUGGACAUCUGUAGAGGUCCACCACUGCGACCGGUCCGCCCGAAUCCCUCGACAGCGCCGGGAGAAGUUCAGGAUGACACUUCUGAGAUGCACACGGAAAACAAGAGCAAAAUAAGGCUCGACGGCAUCAGCCAAUGCCACUGAUGCAGAGAUGCUUCCCACUCGAAAGCGUCGGCCAGAAGCCUCCUUCCCGCGGGGUCACGACGAGGUCAAGUUCAAGGAUCUGACCCUGUACCUGGUGGAGAGGAGGAUGGGAAAAAGCAGGAGGAAUUUUCUCUCGAAUCUGGCCCGAUCGAAGGGGUUCUGCGUGGACGACGCUCUCAGUGGUAACGUGACUCACGUCGUGUCUGAGGGAAACGCAGCGCAGGAUCUCUGGCACUGGUUGGAGGAGCAGGGGUUUGGGGAGACACCACAUACACACGUGCUGGAUGUCAGCUGGUUUACUGAGAGCAUGAGCGCUGGACGGCCUGUGCUGGUGGAACUGAGACAUUACAUACAAAAUCCUGCUGUGGAUCACAGGUCUUGUGCACAUCCGUCAGGAAAACCAGAGUCUGCUGUGUCUGCAUAUGCCUGCCAGAGACGGACGACAUUGGAUAACCACAAUAAGAUCUUUACAGAUGCGUUGGAAGUCCUGGCGGAGAACAUGGAGUUCGUUGGGAACCGAGGGCCGUGUCUGGCGUUUCGAAGGGCCGCUUCGGUGCUCAAGAGUCUCCGUGCUCCUUUACAACACCUGGAGGAGACGCAGCGCCUGCCCUGUCUGGGGGAACACAGCAAAGCUGUCCUGGAGGAGAUCUUUGAAUGCGGAUCAUCCUCCAGAGCUGAAGACACACUGAAUGACGAGAGGUACCGAACUAUGAAGUUGUUCAGCAGUGUGUUCGGGGUCGGACCCAGAACCGCAGAGAGCUGGUACUGUAGAGGACUCCGGACGUUUGAACAGGUUCUGACUGAACCCAGUAUCAGACUGAACCGCAUGCAGACCGCAGGGUUCUUGUUCUACGAGGACAUCAGUAAGCCGGUGAGCAGGACCGAGGCCAGCGCGCUGAAGAUCAUAGUGGAAGAAGCUGUUAUGUGUGUAAACCCACACGCCACCGUCCACAUUACUGGAGGAUUCCGCAGGGGAAAGGAGUUCGGUCAUGAUGUGGACUUCAUCAUUAAAACCCCCGAGCCGGGACAGGAGAACGCCGUUCUGCCAGCGCUGAUCCAGCGAUUCAAAGCACAGAACAUCCUGCUGUACUCAGACUUCCAGGACUCGACCUUUGACCUGAGCCAGCUGCCGACCCAUCGCUUUGAGGCCAUGGAUCAUUUCAGCAAGUGUUUCCUGAUAGUGAAGCUGAAGAGAGAGCAGGAGAGCGGCGAGCGAGAGGCGAGUCGGGACUGGAGAGCGGUGCGCGUGGAUCUGGUGGCUCCGCCGCUCGAGCGCUAUGCCUACGCCCUGCUGGGCUGGACCGGCUCCACGCUGUUUGAACGAGACCUGAGGCGAUUCGCCAGACUGGAGCGAGGAAAACUGCUGGACAAUCACGCGCUGUACGACAAAGCGACGAAAGCCUUCUUGCCUGCCUGCACUGAAGAGGAGAUCUUUGCUCAUUUGGGUUUAGAGUAUAUUGAACCCUGGCAAAGAAAUGCCUGAGAUUGAGCGUGAGUCUUCAGAACGAUGCUGACACACACACACACACACACACUCAAACGCCUGCUGUGUGACUCGACCAGCCAGCGUGAGGAUUGUAAUUGUGUUAUUUUUUAAAGCAUUUGUUUACCAGUCGCAUUUGUACUCGCUUAAAAAUGUGUUGCUGCAUUAUAAAAAAAAUAUCACAGCAAAUGUCAUUUGUCCACAAGAAAGAAACACAAGCAAGCUUUACUUUCUGUAGCGCCAAACAAAACAAAACUGCAAAAAAAGAUUGUUUCCGAACAGGUUUCCCCAAAAUCACUUAUACUCUUGAUAAUUUAAUCCGUUGAUGAUGGAUUUAUCUACAUUUUUUCUUAUUGAAAAUCAUGUUUUGUUUGGAAAAACACUUUGCGGUCAAUACGAUUUUUUAAAAAUGUUUCUGAACUUCUGAAGUCACAAAUGCGGCAUUUCUUUGAUAAAAAAAUAGUGUGAAAAACAGUAAAAUAUUUUUGUAAUGUAAAUCAUCUGUUUUCUAUG